AGCGCCGAGCGCGGCCGGCGGCGGCGAGGGAGAGCUGGGCGCGGACGGCCGGCGCGUGGCGCGGCUGCCAUGGGCGCGCAGUGAGCGGCUGCUCGGCGCGAACUUCCUCGGCGGCGCGGAGCUCCUGACUGGCGGCGCGGCUCCUCGGUCACCAUGAAAGACGACUUCGCAGAGGAGGAGGAGGUGCAGUCCUUCGGUUACAAGAGAUUUGGUAUUCAGGAAGGAACACAAUGUACCAAAUGUAAAAAUAACUGGGCACUGAAGUUUUCUAUCAUAUUAUUAUACAUUUUGUGUGCCUUGCUAACAAUCACAGUAGCCAUUUUGGGAUACAAAGUUGUAGAGAAAAUGGACAAUGUUACAGGUGGCAUGGAGACAUCUCGCCAAACCUAUGAUGACAAGCUCACAGCAGUGGAAAGUGACCUGAAAAAAUUAGGGGACCAAACUGGGAAGAAAGCUCUAAGCACCAACUCAGAACUUUCCACCUUUAGAUCAGACAUUCUGGAUCUUCGGCAACAACUUCAUGAGAUUACAGAAAAGACCAGCAAGAACAAAGAUACGCUGGAGAAGUUACAGGCUAAUGGGGAUGCGCUGGUGGACAGACAGAGUCAACUGAAAGCAACUCUGGAGAAUAACUCUUUUCUCAUUACCACUGUAAACAAAACCCUCCAGGCAUAUAAUGGCUAUGUCACGAAUUUGCAACAAGACACCAGUGUGCUGCAGGGCAAUCUGCAGAGCCAAAUGUAUUCUCAUAACGUAGUCAUCAUGAACCUCAACAACCUGAACCUGACACAGGCGCAGCAGAGGAACCUCAUCACUAACCUGCAGCGGUCUGUGGAUGACACAAGCCAGGCCAUCCAGCGAAUCAAGAAUGACUUUCAAAAUCUGCAGCAGGUUUUCCUUCAAGCCAAGAAGGACACUGAUUGGCUGAAGGAAAAAGUGCAGAGCUUACAGACGCUGGCGGCCAAUAACUCUGCAUUGGCCAAAGCCAACAAUGACACCCUGGAGGAUAUGAACAGCCAGCUCAGCUCAUUCGCAGGUCAGAUGGACAACAUCUCCACAGCCUCACAGGCCAAUGAGCAGAACCUGAAAGACCUGCAGGACAUACAUAAGGAUGCGGAGAACAGAACAGCCAUCAAGUUCAGUCAGCUGGAGGAACGCUUCCAGCUCUUUGAGACGGACAUCGUGAACAUCAUUAGCAACAUCAGCUACACAGCCCACCACCUGCGGACACUGACCAGCAAUCUGAAUGAAGUCAGGACCACUUGCACGGAUACACUGACCAAACACACAGAUGACCUGACCUCCUUGAAUAACACAUUAGCCAACAUCCGUUUGGAUUCUGUUUCUCUCAGGAUGCAACAAGACCUGAUGAGGUCAAGGUUAGACACAGAAGUAGCCAACUUAUCAGUGAUUAUGGAAGAAAUGAAACUGGUAGACUCCAAGCAUGGCCAGCUCAUCAAGAACUUUACAAUCCUACAAGGUCCUCCUGGCCCCAGGGGUCCAAAAGGUGACAGAGGACAGCAGGGACCCCCUGGUCCCACUGGCAACAAAGGACAGAAAGGAGAAAAGGGGGAGCCUGGCCCUCCUGGCCCCGCCGGAGAGAGGGGCCCUACUGGGCCAGCAGGCCCCCCUGGAGAGCGCGGCGGCAAAGGCUCCAAAGGCUUGCAGGGCCCCAAAGGCUCCCGAGGGUCCCCGGGGAAGCCCGGCCCUCAGGGUCCCAGUGGGGACCCAGGCGCCCCAGGCCCGCCAGGCAAGGAUGGACUCCCUGGCCCCCAGGGCCCUCCUGGCUUCCAGGGACUGCAAGGCACUGUGGGGGAGCCCGGGGUGCCUGGACCGCGGGGACUACCAGGCUUGCCUGGGGUACCAGGCAUGCCAGGCCCCAAAGGCCCCCCAGGUCCCCCAGGCCCAUCAGGGGCAGCGAUGCCCCUGGCCCUGCAGAAUGAGCCAACGUCAGCACCAGAGGCCAAUGGCUGCCCACCUCACUGGAAGAACUUCACAGACAAAUGCUACUAUUUUUCGGUUGAGAAAGAAAUUUUUGAGGAUGCAAAACUUUUCUGUGAGGACAAAUCCUCACAUCUCGUUUUCAUAAACACAAGAGAAGAACAGCAAUGGAUAAAAAGGCAGAUCGUAGGGAGAGAUAGCCACUGGAUCGGCCUCACGGACUCGGAGCAAGAAAAUGAAUGGAAAUGGCUGGACGGGACAUCUCCAGAGUAUAAAAACUGGAAAGCUGGACAGCCAGACAACUGGGGUCAUGGCCACGGGCCAGGAGAAGACUGUGCUGGGCUGAUUUAUGCGGGGCAAUGGAACGAUUUCCAGUGUGAAGACAUUAAUAACUUCAUUUGUGAAAAAGACAGAGAGAAAGUACCGUCAUCUGCAUUAUAAUGGACUGUGGUGCAGUAACAUGAGCAAGUUUUCGGAUGGUUCUCAAAGGCAAAGGACCCUUCUUUCUGAUUGCAUUACCUUCUCACCAGAUGGAAAAAUAGCACUGAUAACCAAUUACUGAAAAAACUGACAGCUAGUGUUCCUUACCAUCACCCUUCUUUACUCAAGGACUUUAGAACUAAAAUGUUCCCUCAGUACAAUAUAUUGAUUUCCAGAAUGCAAAUGGACUGAGUCACACGGAUUUUCUCAGCCAGUAACCAUACAAUUAUGCAAAUCCUAUCUUCCAAAGUAUGGAAUGCUCCAAUCAUAGAAAGACUGUCAUUGGUUGGUGAGCUUUAGGAAGAACUUAAAACAUACUGUGUGAACAGUACGUUACAUUUCUAAAACCCCAAAUGUAGGAAAAAUAUGCAGACAUACAGAUUUAUAGGCCAACUCUUAGUAAUAAUAUGAAAUACACUUAAAGAGCUUUUAAAACUUUGUAUUUUUGUACAAAAUAUUUGCCUUUUUACAAUUUUUUCCUUGUUUUACUUUUUUUUUUUUUUUUGUCUUUUGUCAUUUUACCAAUAUACUACAUGGAACCAAAGAAAAAAGUAAUGGUACUAAUAAAAACUCCCAGGGUUUCUUAUCAGAUUUAAUUCUACCCAGUGGUAAAGAAUUUAAUUUCAGUUGUGGUUUAAAAAUAAAUAAAUAUAUGAGUGUAUAUA